AUGCAUAAAAUUUUGAGAUCAAUCAAAUCUGUAAAAGGAUCUAGAUUUGCUAAUAAAUUGCCUACCUAUUUAGAAAGAUUAUAGUAAUAAGAAGAAAUGGAUAGAAAAACCAAUUUAGAUGUACUUAGAAGAGAAGUUUUCAAUGAUUCAAUCUAAUUACCUAUUAAAUUCGCUGCUUAUUAUAUUACUAAGUAUACUGAAUUUUAUUAAUAGCUAAUAGACCUUUUGGGCUGAAUUAACAAGAUCUAUGAUUGAUGCAAGCAAUCAUAUGAUUUUAUUUGCAACCAAUUAUAUUAAUUAUGGUAAUAUUAUGAUUUAUUCAUAAGGUCCAAAUAAAUAAUUUCCAUAUGGAAUAGAGAAAGUGAAACAUCUGGUAGCUUUAAUACCGUCUGCGUUGUUUCUAUACUUUGGAGCAUCAAUAUCAUAUGAAUCAUUUCUUAAUAUUUAUAAUUAUGGUCAUUAUGUUGGUGAAAUACAUAGCAAUGCUUGGGGAUUAGCUGUAUGUGUAUUUGAAUUAUUGAAUAGUUAUAUUUACUAUCAAUAGGGAUAGAAACAAGUGUAGUUUUCAAAAAUAUAAGAGAUGCACAAGCUGUGGAUUCAAGUGAUGAAACAAAAAAAGGAUUAUUAAAAUAAUUCUUAUCUGUAUUUUAAAAGAAAGAUCCAGUCCUCUAAGCUAUUCUUUAUGAGAAUGCUAUAACAAUGGGAUCUACUUUAAUCCCUUUAUUGUCUUCUGCAUUUACAUUAAUAUAUCCAACUCAUGCAUUUGAAAUUGUAGGAUCAUUAGCAAUUGGUUUGAUUUAAUUGUAUGAUAAAAUGUUUGAAAAUAUGAUAGAUAACUUGCUUAUCAUUUAAGUGCUAAGAAUCUUAGUUCUUUGAUGGGAGAACAAUCUAUAAGUGAUUUGGAAGUGAAGAAAAUUUNA